AUGAGCGAGGACUUCGAGAAGAAGCACGUGAACAGUUUUCGAGCGAACGAACGCGUGGCGCAUUUUUCGAGGACCGUUUCGAUGCGCACUAAUGCUACGAAUAACACCGUUUUGACGAGAAGUUCUUGCAACGCUUCUAAAGAUGAUGGGCGAGCGGGUGCGCUGGAAAUUCUCGAUUCGAGAACGGGGCGGAAAUACGUAAUCCCAAUCUCCUCCGAUGGCACGAUCAACGCCUCGGCGUUUAAAGAUAUCAAAGGACCGAUGAAAGAGAACACGAGUUAUGAGAGUAAUAAAGGUUUAGUUGUAUACGACCCAGGGUACACGAACACGAGUCCGUGCGUGAGCCGAAUAAGUUACAUCGACGGCGAGAAAGGGAUUUUGAGGUACCGCGGGUACCCGAUCGAGACGUUAGCGGAGAAGAGUUCGUACUUGGAGUGCGCGUUUUGCGUGAUUUACGGGAACUUACCGACGGCGAACCAACUGGCGGAUUGGAGAGAGGCGAUUUCGAGGCACUCGGCGUUGCCGAUUCCGGUGAUUAAUACCAUCGAGGCGUUGCCGCACGACGCGCACCCGAUGGGGGUGAUUUUGGCCGGGUUGAACGCGUUGUCCGUGUUUCAUCCGGAGCAAAACCCGGCGUUAGCCGGGAACGGGAUUUAUCAAAACAAAGACGUGCAAGAUAAACAAAUCGUGAGAAUUUUGGGGAAGAUGACGACGUUGGCGGCGCACGCGUAUCAUCGAAACACAGGGAGGAAACCGGCGCCGCCGAACGCGAGGUUAUCGUACGCGGAAAACUUUUUGUACAUGUUAGACGCUGGUUUGGAUAUUUCGCAUAGGCCGAAUCCAAAGUUGGCGAAAGCGUUGGAUACGAUGUUUUUGUUACACGCGGAACACGAGAUGAACUGUUCGACCGCGGCGUGCAGGCAUUUAGCCUCGAGCGGCGUGGACGUGUAUUCCGCCGUCGCCGGCGCGGUGGCGGCGUUGUACGGGCCGUUACACGGAGGCGCGAACGAAGCCGUGUUGAGAAUGCUCGAACGCAUCGGCUCGGUGGAGAACAUUCCCGACUUCAUCGAACGCGUGAAAAGAAAAGAAGUAAAAAUGUUUGGAUUCGGCCAUCGAGUGUAUAAGAACUUCGAUCCGAGAGCGAACGUAAUUCGAGGGAUUGCCGAGGAGGUGUUUUCGUUAGUCGGACGCGAUCCGUUGAUUGACGUCGCGGUGGCGUUGGAGAAACACGCGAGAACGGACGAGUAUUUCAUCAAACGGAAGUUGUACCCGAACGUAGAUUUUUACUCUGGUUUGGUGUAUCGCGCGUUGGGUUUCCCGCCGGAAUUCUUUACCGUUUUGUUUGCCAUUCCGAGAGCGGCGGGGUAUUUAGCGCAUUGGAGAGAGCAGUUGGCGGAUCCAGACCUGAAAAUCGCUCGACCGCAACAAGUGUAUAAAGGCGAAUGGUUGAGAGAUUACCCGGAAAUUAACCAAAGAGACGAGCGACAGGAACACAUGGGCGUCGUCAGAGCUUCGAACGCGACGAGACGUCGAAUGGCGGGAACCAGAGGCGGGACUGGAUUUUUACGAGAUCCGGGGUCGCAAAUCGUAGCCACGAAAGAAAUAUCGUUGAGCACGAAAGGGUGGGGGAGUUCCGCCGGCGAACAAGGUUCGAGCGGUAUCGAGCAUUUAACCGGACGUUAG